GUAUCGCAUUGUAUGGAGACUACAAAUAUAGUUAUAGCAAGUUAUACUAUAUGUAUCUGCAUGGUUUGUCCAGUAAGUGGCGCUACUGUGACCGUAAUAUAGCGAACUAAAAGUGUUUGAAAUUUUCGAGUAAGAACAAUAAAAGGUAGAUAGAUAAAGUGUAUGUACUAACGUACUAGCAAGUCUUGUGUAUUGUUAUAACGUAUUUGGUUCUAGCUUUAUACUCGCUGAGCAUUAUUAGACAUUAACGCACUUACGUAUAUUCAUUGAUUUGUGUGUGCACGGUUUCCUUUCGAAAAAUAGUUAUUGUAAAAGAGGUUACCGGCGUCCGAAAGGCUCACAGCGAUAACGUUCUUGAUACGUUUUGUUCUGUUAUCAUUAUUGUGAGAUGGAACGUCAAUGUCAAUGCGGUGGUACUCACGAUGAAAGGGAGUUGGGAGUACAAUACAAUCUAUAUGAAAAAAUCGACUUGGAAAAUGUUGAAUGCCUUAAUGAAUUGGUAGAAGGAUCUGGAGCAAAAGUGUUCAAAGCCUGGGAAGACCGUUUGGAUCAUACAAAGUUUGUUGAAAGUGAUGUGGAUGAAGAGUUGUUGUUUAAUAUACCAUUUACCGGUGAUGUCAAACUCAAGGGCAUAAUAAUUGUUGGAGGACCAGAUGGCUCUCAUCCGUCAGAAGUGAAAUUGUUCAAAAACCGAGAAGGAAUGACAUUUGAUCAGUCGACAGGUGAAGCUGACCAACAGUUUGAAUUGUGCAUUGAUGAGUACGGAGUACACGAGUAUCCAUUAAAGGUAGCGAAAUUGUCUUCAGUGCAUCACCUGACGCUGCACUUUACUGGGAAUCGCGGAGCUGAAAGAACAAGAAUCGAUUACAUUGGCUUGAAAGGAGAAUGGGCUCCCGGUCAUCGACACGGAGUAACAAUUUGUACGUACGAAGCUCUUCCUCAGCACAGCGACCACCCCGGUACGGAUAAUCUUUUUGAUGAUUUCACACGGCCAGUUUCUUAAGACGAGGGAGAAUUAACUACGGGUCACCUGGAUCACGAUGCUAUUAAAUAAAAGCAAGAUUUUUUGGCCGGAAUGUGGCACAAGCAAUUUGUUUAAGAAUACAUAAUAAGAAUUGUACGCUACUAGAUACAAUAAAGCUGUGAUUGAUUGAUA